AUAGCGGUGGCUAGAGCUGGCCAGUACCCACCCGGUAUCCGGCUCUGACCUGUCAGUCGGAGCAAACUCAGAGCCGCUUCAAAUUCGCGAAACCGUUGCACUCGCUUAGAGUUGUUAGAUUUCUUUGAACGAGAGAGUCCCCGUUCCAACGAUUCGGAGUCGGGAGGCAAACCGAUUCCUUACAGAGACAUGACAGAGUAAAAGUCUUAGAAUUAUUCCCGCUGCAGCAAAGAAGCCCAGCUUUGUGAAUUAUAUACAUUCGAGUAGGACUUGAUCGGGUUCCGAAACGCAGACCUGUGAGAUAUUCCAGUCCUUAGAGUCCUUGAAGAGAAAAAUAAAACGACAUUCCAACAUGGUUAACGACGGAUUGGAUCGUAGAAAUUUCACCAAACGGUGAGACAGGGAAAGACGUGCGAUGGUUAUAAAUUAUUAGGGAUAAGAUUGCAGCCGACAAACAGAGAACGAGUCUAUUGUAGGUACGGAACAUUUUUCGUACGUGCAUAAAAUCGGAACUGCAUCUGUGCGUCAUAGUUGAACCGCUGAAGCAGGUUUGGUUUGAAAUCGCUCGAGAGGAUUGAUUGCAUUGAAGUUGAAGGAGCGGGAUGCAUCGGAGAAAAGCGUCAGGGAUAUAAGACUAAUAAUUAACAUCAAGACUGCAAAUGUCUCUCCAAGUGCAUCCGCGGACAAAGAGCAAAUUCUCCUACCCCCUCCCCAGAGGAUAGCUGCGUAAAAGUCUUCUUUGCAAAUUCGAGUAAACCAGCCUCGGCAGAGGAGUUCUUCUACGGUCUGUGAGAAAAAAAAAAGAUUUACAUCCGUUAAAGCGAUCAAGGAAACCCAGGGAAAAAUAAGAAGGCCUCACUGGUUCGAUCACAAGUGAAAUCCGAAAUCCUGGGAACAAUGCAUGAUGUCCAGUGAUAGUAGGUCCGGUGUGAGACAAGAUUGGACAAUGGUCGAACUUCGGGGUGCCAGCGUGACAGGAGCGUUGGACAACCCUUCGUCUAGAAGCGUCCACUACACGAUUUUGGCGGUGUUGGACACUGUAUUUUCGGGAUGCGUCGCGGCGCCGAUGGUCGUCGGUUACUGGCGAGGAACCUGGGGCCUGAGCGACUUUUACAUAUACCCGGAGGACGAGAUCCUCAGCUGCAUAGCCUCGAUCGUCAUCGGGUUUUCCGGCCUCUUUAUAUUCAGCGUGUCGCAGAAUUUCCUCGACGAGCUUUUUCACCCGGAUAAACAUCGCCUCUCCUACUACAUCGGCUCCCGGCUUUACACCGCUGUGUUCGGCUUCUGCUGCGUAAACGUGUGGCGAGGUGCGUGGCAGGCCCUCGAUGCAACGACCGGCCUCAUGCCGAGCACCGUCCUCGCCACCACCGGGAUAGCCCUGAUCGCUCUUGCCCUCUUGCGCGUCAUCAGGAACAUCGCUGCACCGCCCUUCACCAUCUCCGUUGAUUCUUGCCCCGGGUACUUUGACGUACCCACCAUGUUUCGCGUCGAAAACACAAGAGAUUGGUCCCUCUACAUCUUGGACUGCGCUUUCAGCGUCGGAGUUGUAGGGACGUUGGUUGUAUUUGUCUGGCGAGGUGUUUGGGCCAGUUUGGACUUGUACCUGUUUCCGGACAACGCUGAAUACUCAGCUGUUGGCUCUGUAGUGAUUGGCUACACUUUUGUAGUGAUUACAUUUUCCCUGCAGCCGAUAAUGUGUUGCAUCUGCGACCGGCUAAAAGGACUUUCUCGACUUAUAGUCGCCGACCUAUUCAUGCUGCUCAGUUUCGUAGCGACGGUGAACGUAUGGCGUGGAGUAUGGAAUGUUUUGGACCUCUGGUUCCUUCCCGAGGAUCCCGAACUGUCCUGCUGGAUAACGCACCUCGGCUGCUUUAUAUUCCUGGUUCUCCUUAACUGCAGCAACUCCAUCCUCGUACGGGGUGUUUACAUAGACGGUUACGAAGACGGUGGACAGUGCGUCGUAUUUCCUUGCCACUACCUCAGGCUCUUCUUUAAGAUUGAAAGGGAGAAAAAAGCAGCUAGGAGACAAAAUAUCGUUGUGGCCUCGAGGGACUUGGCAACUAUUAGAGAACGCACUGGGAAGGAGGAGAAUGGGAUCCUCAUAAACACCCCUAAUUCGGGAAUCGCUGCAGAGAAUCCCGAGUCUCUCGUCUAGAGUUAUAUCGAUCAGCUAAGGAUCUGUGCCCCCAACUUUUCUACCAGUUUAUCAGCCCCCGAACUUCCGGCCAAAGCAUUAUGAGCAUGAAAGUGUCGAAGCAGCGCUUCUUCCAAACGUAACAGCGCGGCGGUACAUUUGCGUGACAAAUGUUGGCCGAGAAACGCCAAAAUGUCGGGACGGCCGUCAGUCAAUGAGAUGUAUAGUAUUACGAAGCUUGCCCGAGUCAGGGGAUUUUCUUUUUUUUAUGUCGUUAUUUUCUUUGUUAAUGCAAACUUGAGGUUUCGCAAGUUUUAUUCGGAAAUCACGAAUUACGCGGCAUCGCCGAAACAAUUUAUAAGAAGCUCCAAUCAGGUAUUGGAAGCGGGUAUGACCAGAGUAUACAUACUUGGUAUACAUACGGUUAAGAAUAUAGAGUAUAACAAAAACUUGAAAAUCCAAAGUACAACGACUUCCGGCUUGUUAUUAUUCAAACGCUUAAACGGUCGAUGGAUGAAAGUAAGAUUAAAAAUUGCUUUAACAGAUAAUGGCUAACAGAAGUAAUAUUUUUGUCUCAAGUUGAAGAAAAUGGUAAAAAAAUUCUGUUAAAUAACGGUUAAAAAGUACCAAAGCUAAAUAUAAGUGUGCUUGAGUGACAGUGCUACGUUCAAACUUUAUGUAUAAGAUAUUUAACACAAUUUAUAAAUUGGAUGUUUAUCUUAUCAUUUAGACGGAUUUAUAAGAGGCUGUAAAUCCCGAUCUAGAUAAUCGUAAAAUUGAAUUUACGUGAAAUUGCAACGUGUAGCGGUAAUUAAUAUACAUACCAUAUGUAUGUAUAAUACGUUAAAUUAGUACUAUGAAUGGCAGUAUUCUCAUCGCUGAUUCCUAAUAAUAACAGCCAAAAAAUUUAGUUGCAAAUUUCGUCGCUUGCUGUGCCGCGUGCAGUCAAAACAAAAAAAAAACGAAACGAACAGAAAAGAAUAAUUUAAAAAAAAAUUCCAUGUAUAUUCGAGAAUGGCUGUGAGGCUUGAAAGUGGUGUAAAUUCAGGAAAAGAUUUUGUCAAAGAUGUGCAUCUCGAAUCGUAUGAAUUUGUUGGCAUAUUAGUAUUGUAAAUACACCGGACAGGUGAAAUGUAUAAGUAUAUUUAUUAUGAUAUUAUUUGAUGAUAAAAUAUUCUGAAUUCUCAAUUUUAUUGGGAUCACAGCAUUAUACACUAUAAAUAACUGAGAAUUCGGUGAGAUAUUAGAAACAUGAGAGGAGCGAAUUUUCUCAUAAAAUACAUAUUAUACAUCAUUCCGAGUAUCCCUUUAAUUCAGAACAAUAAAAUAUAAAAUACUCUUGCCGAGAUUACCGUUUGAAUGACUGUGAAAUUGUUACACGUAAUAUCGAAUAACGAUUAUUUAUAUUUAUUAGAAAAUUUAAUGUAUGAAUCAAAAAUAGUUUCCCAGUAAAUGUUAAUACGAUGUAAAUAAAUUAUACUGUAACGUUGUAAA